GUUGAACCCUCCCCGAAACCCCCCGGCUGUUAGUGCGGUGUGAGUGCGUGUGUGCUCCGGAGCUAGCCUCGGCACACAUUCUAAAAAAAAUAAAAAUCCAAAAAAAAAUUUAAAAAACGUUAAAAACUCUUAAAAAAUUUACUUUUCUUGUUUUUUUUUGUAAUAAAAAAAAAUACCAUCGGUGAAGCAGGAGCUGCUCGGUACAUCACGAAGGAACUCGGAACUCGACGCGUUUAUUAGCUUAGCAUAUCUGUCAAGGCCCGACUUAACUGGAACUAAAUCAAAAUCAACUUUUUUGGGGGAAAAGAAACUUAUUCGUAUCUUAAAAACUAAGCGUUUAAGAAUUUCCCGAGUUUUAAACAUUAAAAAAAAUUUUAAUCCGUGAUUUUUUUUUUCAUUUUCCCCUCGGCUAAGCUAACUGACUAAAAGUCGUCACAGAGAAGUCGCGUGCGCGUGCCACCUUUCCCCCCCCCCGAAUCAGCCACCUCUCCACCUCGCGCUGAGGAGAAUUAGCCGUUUAAAAGAAAAAAACUAAACAAAUCUACGCAAACGAGAUGAACCCCAGCGCUCCGAGCUACCCGAUGGCCUCCCUGUACGUCGGAGAUCUUCACCCAGAUGUGACCGAGGCCAUGCUGUAUGAGAAGUUCAGCCCGGCCGGCGCCAUCCUCUCCAUCCGCGUGUGCAGGGACAUGAUCACGCGCCGCUCCCUCGGCUACGCUUACGUCAACUUCCAGCAGCCUGCAGACGUGUGUUCUCCUCCUCCAGCUGAGCGCGCUCUGGACACGAUGAACUUCGAUGUAAUCAAAGGCAGACCCGUGCGCAUCAUGUGGUCCCAGCGUGACCCGUCACUGAGGAAAAGUGGAGUUGGUAACAUUUUUAUCAAGAACCUGGACAAAUCUAUUGAUAACAAGGCCCUGUAUGACACCUUCUCUGCGUUUGGCAACAUUCUGUCCUGUAAGGUGGUUUGUGAUGAAAACGGAUCAAAGGGAUACGGUUUCGUGCACUUCGAGACCCAGGAAGCUGCCGAAAGAGCCAUUGAAAAAAUGAAUGGCAUGUUGCUGAACGACAGAAAAGUGUUUGUUGGUCGCUUCAAAUCACGCAAAGAGCGUGAGGCUGAGCUCGGAGCCAGAGCUAAGGAGUUCACCAACGUUUACAUCAAGAACUUCGGGGAGGACAUGGACGACGACAAACUGAAGGACGUCUUCAGCAAAUACGGUAAUGCGAUGAGUAUCCGUGUCAUGACUGAUGACGGUGGUAAAUCCAGAGGAUUUGGCUUUGUGAGCUUUGAGAGGCAUGAGGAUGCUCAAAAGGCUGUGGAUGAGAUGAACGGGAAGGAGGUGAAUGGCAAGCUGAUCUACGUGGGCCGCGCGCAGAAGAAAGUGGAGCGUCAGACCGAACUCAAGCGCAAGUUUGAGCAGAUGAAGCAGGAUCGGAUGACCCGCUACCAGGGCGUCAAUCUGUACGUGAAAAACCUGGACGAUGGCAUCGACGAUGAACGGCUGCGCAAAGAGUUCUCUCCUUUUGGAACAAUCACCAGUGCCAAGGUCAUGAUGGACGGAGGACGCAGCAAAGGUUUCGGCUUUGUCUGCUUCUCCUCCCCUGAGGAGGCUACUAAAGCCGUGACCGAGAUGAAUGGCCGUAUCGUCGCCACAAAACCGCUCUAUGUGGCGCUGGCUCAGCGUAAAGAGGAACGUCAAGCUCAUCUGACCAAUCAGUACAUGCAGAGGAUGGCCAGCGUUCACGCCGUACCAAAUCCCGUGCUCAACCCCUACCAGACUGCACCGCCAUCUGGAUAUUUCAUGGCUGCCAUUCCUCAGGCUCAAAACAGAGCUGCAUAUUAUCCAACUAGCCAGCUUGCACAGCUCCGUCCAAGUCCACGCUGGACUGCACAGGGUGUCCGACCUCAGCACUUCCAGAACAUGCAAGCCACCAUGAGACCCUCAGCCCCGAGGCCACAGACCUUCAGCACAAUGAGACCUGCUUCUCAGGUUCCUCGUGUGAUGUCUACUCAGCGUGUUGCUCCUCAGACGGUGGGUCCGAGACCUACGAGUGCUGCGGCGGCUGCGGCGCCGGUGCGCAACAUCCCCCAGUACAAAUACACCGCCGGAGUGCGUAACCCUCAACAGCACAUCAACACACAGCCUCAGGUCUCCAUGCAGCAGCCUGCGGUGCAUGUACAGGGUCAGGAGCCUCUGACUGCUUCCAUGCUGGCUGCAGCUCCACCUCAGGAGCAGAAGCAAAUGCUGGGUGAGCGUCUCUUCCCUCUGAUUCAGAACAUGCACUCCAACCUGGCAGGGAAGAUCACAGGCAUGCUGCUGGAGAUUGACAACUCUGAACUGCUGCACAUGCUUGAGUCUCCCGAGUCUCUGCGCUCCAAGGUUGAUGAAGCCGUCGCUGUGCUUCAGGCUCACCAGGCCAAAGAACAACAGAAAAAUGUGACCAACUCCACCGGCGUGCCAAGUGUCUAAGCCGAGGGACAACGAACUUCCAAAAUCACUUCACCGAGGGGGGAUUAAAAACCAUAUUAAACAUUGAAAAAACAUGGAAAACACUGCAAAAAGAUAGAAACGAUAUUUAAAAAAAAAAAAAAAGCAAUGGAACUGAACUCUGCCGGGUCUGGAGAAGAAAACGCUAGGCCUAGUUAAUUGUCUAAAAAAAAAAAAAAAAACCUCAAAAAAAGAGAAAAAAUGAAUAAAAAUGAAAAAAUGGAAAAUUUGAUGGUUUUAAAAAAAAAUUCCAUAAGUAUGGGAGGGAGUUGAGACCCUCUAACAUUCCUUAUUUUAUUCAUUUUAUUCCUAGCCUGCUGUGAGUCCCGGUUCUGUGUGUCAGAGAACCGAGAAGCGCACAGGCAGUGUGAACAGUUCUGCGGAAUUGACAACGUGCUUGCUGAGAAAUAAAUCGGUCAUUUAAUCA